UUAUAAAAACCAGCACUCACUCUGGAGGUAAUCUGCAUUUUAGUUAAUACUUAACUACUUGUCAUGGGCAUGAAAUAUUUCAAAUAAAGUAUCAGCUGCUUUACGAUGAGGAGGUUUGAUUAGUCACUAACUUUCUAGUUUAGAAGAAUGCAUCAGGAGAAGAUGCACUAGAUUUAUAUUUUAAAAGAACAUGUCAGUCUCUGCCGUUCUGCCAGCAGCACCCCUCAGUCAGGAGUCAAAAGUGAGAAUUUGACCUUUAAUAAUCUUGCAGGAAUGCGACGUGUCCGGGCGUAUAGAAAAUGUCAAAAAAAGGUUUAAUGUCAAACCUCUUUUUUGCGCAGCCUCGGGCGCUGGGUAGGAUUGGAUAGGGCACACAUAUCCAUCCGCACACGCGAGGUUCUAACAUCGUUGGAUUCUUUUUAAUUGGAAAAGAAAUUUUAAAGCGACAGAAACAAACCGCGAACUGGAGCGAAGUGACGCACAUUGACGGUCCGUCCAGAGCCGCACUUUGCGGCGCAAACCGCCCCGAAACUUUAUUUUUAGACUAAUUGUCUCGGUGUAGGUGCAAGGGGGGGUGGGGGGCAGAUAUCACUGCGCACUGGGAAGUAGAUCCGGCUGGGCAGGUUUGCAAGUUGAGAAGAGAAAAAGUUAGAGAGGGGGACUGCAGAGGCGCACGGUGCCAGAGCCAGGACCACUAGAAGCCUCUGCAAGCGCAACAAAACAGCCAGCACGCCCGAGAAGAAGCGUUUUUCCUCAUUAUUUCUGUUUUCACUGAGAAGCAAGUGUGCAGGGAGGGGGAGGGAAAGCAGGGCUAUGACAUGCGAGUAGAGAACCGUAGAGUUUGUCAGUGUUAACGCAGGCGGAUCCUUGUUUUAUCCCCCCCCAAGAUGAAUAGAGACUUGAAGAGCCUGCGACAGCUCGCCGUGCCCCUGCUCUUCUUCACCCUGUGCGUCGCGGUGCAGCGAUCCGACUCUGCGGCUUGCCAUGGAUGUGUGGGAUCCAAAUGUGACUGCAGUGGAGUGAAAGGAGCCAAGGGUGAACGGGGUUUCCCAGGUCUCACAGGACAGCCAGGAGUCCCAGGGUUCCCUGGACCUGAGGGACCGAUUGGACCCAGAGGAGAGAAGGGAAGUGAUGGACCUCAAGGACCAUCUGGUCCAAAAGGAAUUAGAGGGCCUCCUGGAUUGCCAGGAUUUCCAGGAACACCAGGUCUUCCAGGUCUGCCAGGGCAGGAUGGACCUCCAGGCCCGAGAGGAGUGCCGGGUUGCAACGGGACAAAGGGUGAAAGGGGUUUCCCAGGAGCUUCAGGAAUUCCUGGACAGCAAGGAUUUCCAGGUCCACCUGGUCUACCAGGACCAAAGGGAGACCCAGGUGAUGUGAUCUCCACCAAUCGUUUUGGAGAGAAAGGAGCAGUGGGAUUGCCCGGAUUGCCAGGAGUUCCUGGCACUCCGGGUGCCCCUGGUUUGCAAGGUCCGCUUGGCCCUCCAGGACCCAGAGGUUACGAGGGUCGUCCAGGUCCUCCCGGUCCACCUGGACCUAAGGGAAACAUGGGUUUGAACUUCCAAGGACCCAAAGGAGAGAAGGGUGAACCAGGUUUGCCAGGACCUCCUGGUCCUCCAGGACAGGUGGGAGAACAGAAGAGGCCACCUGAGACUGAGAUUCAGAGAGGAGACAAGGGUGACCCAGGGCUUCCCGGCCCCCCAGGUGAUCCAGGCUAUCCAGGACCUCCUGGUCCCUCAGGUGGCCAGAAAGGAGACAAGGGCGAACCAGGAGAGCCAGGAAAACGAGGCAAACCAGGCAAAGAUGGUGACCCUGGUCCUCCAGGCUUCCCUGGAAUCAAAGGAGAUUCAGGCUUGCCAGGUCCUCCAGGCAGGGAUGGCGAGAGAGGUCAAAAAGGAGAUCGAGGAUACCCAGGCCCACCAGGAGUGGUGAUUGGCGGGCAGACAGAGCGUGUUGGUCCUAAAGGUGAGCCAGGAUACCCUGGCUCACCUGGACUUAAAGGAGAUCGAGGACCACCAGGUUUGACAGGUCCUCCUGGAGCACCAGGACGUCCAGCCAUUGGUGGUAGUGGUACACCUGGACCUCCAGGUUUUCCAGGAGAAAGAGGUCAGAAGGGAGACACUGGUCCUCCAGGGCUUGCUUUGCCAGGUCCCCCAGGACGCUCAGGAUCUCCUGGUUCCCAGGGUCCACCAGGGCCCCCUGGACCUCCAGGCUUUUCCAGUGCAGGACAAAACUGCAUCCCUGGACAGCCUGGACGUCCCGGUGUGCAGGGAGAGAGAGGUUACCCAGGAGAAACAGGCCAAAAAGGUGAGAAGGGCGACACCUGUGUGAACUGCUUUGGUGGCACCAGUUCUCUCCCAGGACCCCCCGGACCUCCUGGACCACCUGGAUUCCCCGGAACUCCUGGGGCCCUAGGUAUCAAAGGAGACAGAGGAUUUCCAGGAACACCUGGCGCUAUUGGUCCCCCUGGUGCUCCUGGUCCUCAAGGUGCUCCAGGAUUCCCUGGAGAGAAGGGUGACCCAGGUGAUGCCAUCACAGUCAGUGGUAUACGGGGAGAGAAGGGUGAUACCGGCUUCCCUGGACCACCUGGUCUGCCUGGUCUCGAUGGUCGACCUGGUCGUGAUGGACAGCCUGGACCUCCUGGAGCCAAAGGAGCUCCUGGCUCCCUGCUGGUGAAAGGAGAACGAGGACCUCCUGGUGAGCCAGGUGUCCCUGGUAUUCCAGGGGACAGGGGUCCCCCAGGUUCCCCUGGCUUUGGACCUCAGGGGCCCGCAGGAGAAAAGGGUGUUCAGGGUGUGUCAGGCAGACCUGGAUCUCCUGGUGCACCUGGUGCUAAGGGUGAACCAGGUCUGACAGUGGCAGAGAAAGGUUUACCAGGACCCAGAGGACUGGAUGGCGAGCCUGGACUGCCCGGUGCACCAGGUAACCCAGGUCAAGCCGGACAGCCUGGUUUCCCUGGUUUACCAGGAGUGAAGGGUGAACCUGGACUCCCAGGCAUCGGACUCCCUGGACCCCCAGGAGCUAAAGGAUUCCCAGGCAUCCCUGGUCAACCUGGAGCUCCUGGAGGACCAGGCAGACCAGGAGUAGAUGGACUCCCCGGCCAGCCUGGACUUUCUGGACCCAAGGGUGAACCUGGCUUUGGACUUCCUGGCCCACCUGGUUUACCAGGAGUACCUGGAGCUAAAGGUUUCUCUGGACCAAAGGGAGAUCCUGGAUUCCCCGGCAGCCCUGGUUCACCAGGACGAUCUGGAUUUGAUGGCGUCCCAGGACCCAAAGGUGAGCCCGGUUCACCUGGUAUCCCUGGAGCUCGUGGCCCACCUGGAUCUCUUUCCCUUGGCUCACUGGGGCCCCCAGGCCCUCCUGGACCUCCAGGCCUAAUGGGACCACCAGGAUUCCCUGGAUCAAAUGGAGAGAAAGGAGACCCCGGCCCUCCAGGUCUAGAUAUCCCAGGUCUGCCUGGAGACAGAGGAAGUCCUGGUUUCCCAGGUUCCCCAGGACCAAUCGGUGUCCCAGGACCUCCUGGAGGACCUGGACGGGAUGGCCUGCCAGGACUGCCAGGUCAGAAAGGAGACAUGGGUCCCAUGGGACCUCCAGGACCUUCUGGAGGACCAGGAUCCCCAGGAGGACCUGGUGCUACUGGACUUAAAGGUGAAUCCGGAUUCCCAGGUAGAGAUGGUGCACCCGGCAGUUCUGGCCCUAAAGGAGAGAGGGGUGACCCAGGUGUCCAGGGACCCCCAGGACCCAGCCUGACGCAAGCUGCCACAAAGGGAGCCAAAGGAGAUCCAGGAUUACCAGGUGGACCAGGACUUCCAGGUCAGAAAGGAAUCCCCGGUGUCCCUGGAGAACCUGGAACGCCAGGAUCAGAUGGUCGCCCUGGACUCCCUGGACCACCAGGUCCAAAGGGAGAUUCUGGCAUCCCAGGAAGUCCAGGUGCCCCUGGAGCUCCAGGACCAAAAGGCGGCAUGGGAGAAAUGGGAUUCCCAGGACCAUCAGGGCAGAAGGGUCUACCAGGUCAGCCAGGGCGGCCAGGAUCCCCUGGACAGCCAGGAGCUUCUGGUUUUCCUGGACCCAAAGGUGAACCAGGUUCUGCUGGAGUCGGACCACCUGGAACACCUGGACCCAAGGGUGAACCAGGACAGCCAGGGUUCCCAGGAAGUCCAGGACUCAAAGGAACUCCAGGAUCACCUGGUCUCCCAGGUUUACCUGGAGGACCAGGUGCUAAAGGUGACCCCGGCCUCCCAGGAUUCCAAGGCCCUCCUGGUAUACCAGGUCCUAAGGGUCUCGAUGGUGGCCCUGGUACCCCAGGCCUCACAGGAGCUCCCGGUAGACCAGGAGAGCCUGGCCGACCAGGAGCACCAGGGUUACCAGGAGAGAAAGGUCAGGCAGGUCGGGAUGGAAUCCCAGGACCGGCUGGAGUCAAAGGAGAGCCAGGGCUUCCUGGUUAUGGUGGCCCUGGUCCUGCUGGGCUUCCAGGGUUACCAGGUGCUAAGGGAGACCCAGGUCUUCCCGGCCCCUCUGGCAGUCCUGGUUUCCCUGGCUCUAAAGGAGACCCUGGCUUCCCUGGUGCCCCUGGUCCCCCGGGGCAAAGCGGCCCACCUGGGCCUCCAGGACUGGCUCUGCAGGGCCCUAAAGGACUCCAAGGUCCUCCUGGACCACCCGGUCGUGCAGGUCCAGCUGGCCCACAGGGUCCCCGUGGACCCCCAGGAAGUGGCGGCGUUAAGGGGGAGAAGGGUAUUCCCGGUGCUCCUGGUCAGCCUGGCUUCCCCGGACAGAAGGGAGAGUUUGGUUCUCCAGGAUUCCCAGGUCCCUCUGGUCUUCCUGGUGCCCCUGGUAUAAAAGGAGACAUCGGUCUGCCUGGUGUUCCUGGAUUCCCUGGACCAAAGGGAGACCAAGGACUCCCCGGUGCCAGUGGUCUUCCUGGGGAUCCUGGAGAUGUCGGAGCUACAGGCCCUCCUGGUGACCCUGGUGUACCUCCAGCUCCUAUCGUGGUGAAGGGAGAACGAGGACCCCCUGGUCCUCCGGGCCAGCCUGGUUCUCGAGGAUCACCUGGCUCUCCUGGACGCGAGGGACUUCCAGGUCAACCUGGUAGCCCUGGAGAUCCUGGUACAGAGGGUCCUCCUGGCUUCAGCGGCCCGCCUGGCAGGAAGGGAGACACUGGACCCGCCGGCCAGUCUGGUCAGCGUGGCUACCCCGGUCCUCCUGGUUCAGACGGUCCACAGGGUCCUCCUGGUCUCCCGGGAACAGCCUCUGCAGCCCAUGGCUUCCUCAUCACCAGACACAGCCAGGGUCAGGACGUGCCCAUCUGUCCUGACAGAACAAACCCCAUCUACGAUGGAUACUCCCUGCUGUACGUGCAGGGCAACGAGCGGGCACAUGGACAGGACCUUGGCACGGCUGGCAGCUGUCUGCGCAGGUUCAGCACCAUGCCUUUCAUGUUCUGCAACAUCAACAACGUCUGCAACUUUGCCUCCCGAAACGACUACUCCUACUGGCUGUCCACCCCCGAGCCCAUGCCCAUGUCCAUGGCCCCCAUCACCGGAGAGAGCAUCAAGCCUUACAUUAGCAGGUGCACAGUGUGUGAAGCUCCAGCCAUGGUGAUUGCAGUCCACAGUCAGACCAUUCAGAUUCCUUCAUGCCCUUCAAACUGGGAAGCUCUGUGGAUAGGAUACUCCUUCAUGAUGCACACGAGCGCGGGUGCAGAGGGCUCCGGUCAGGCCCUGGCCUCCCCUGGCUCCUGCCUGGAGGAGUUCCGCAGCGCUCCCUUCAUAGAGUGCCAUGGCAGGGGGACGUGCAACUACUAUGGCAACUCCUACAGCUUCUGGCUGGCCACUGUGGAACCCUCUGAGAUGUUCAGGAAACCCCAGUCGGAGACUCUCAAGGCGGGUAACCUACGGACGCGCGUCAGCCGUUGCGUGGUCUGCAUGAAGAGUACGUAACAGCACAAGGCAACGCCUAAACCCACCAUUGCCGCAGACGCUCAAUCAACAACGAGAGAUGAUUGGAUGACGGGAGACAAGUAGCGGGGGGGCGGGAGGGGCAGUGGUUGCCAUGGCGGCGAGGUGGAAUUCCAAUGGUGCAUUGUCUUCCGGAGAAAAAAACAAAAAACCAACAAACAAAAAAAACUACAACUUAAACAAUGGUGCUACUGUGCAACACAGCUUAAAAAAAAGAAAAAAAACUGACGUAAAUAAAUCUUACAUUUAGUCUUUUUUCUUAAGAAGUACCUCAAAAUGAAAGCAGAAAAAUAUCCACUAAAUGGUGCCAUGAUGGAUGUGACAACAAAAGUGCAUUUUUCAUUCUUUUCCCUUCUUUCCCAAAAGGAUCAUUGAUCAGUUUCCUUACUCUCUCUCUCCCUUUUUUUAAAUCACUUUUGACGUUGGUGCAACAAAAAUGUGAUACUGUACACCCAUUUCUAGAGACAAGUGCUCUUUUUUUGUUGUUUUGUUUUGUUUUUGGCCUUAUUGAUGAGGACUGGAUGGUUACCAAAUCGGCACUUUGACUUCGGAACAUCCAAGAUGAGAUGCACUGACGAUGAGCUUUCCUUAGUGAGACUGACUGCCUUUUUUUAUCACUAGCUCUUCAUUCACACUCUCUUCAUCUCUUUUUCUGUCAGUUUUUCUGUCAUAUUACGUUACAUUUGGUGGUACUAACCCUGCUAUAGCCCGCCUGCUAACCAAUCAGCCUACACCUUCUUUACUCUUACUUUUUUUUGUAAGUAAUAAAAUGUGUAUAUUGUGUAAAACACCUUUUGUUUUUAGUGUAUUAGGUCUUGAGUCAGUACCAGCUGUUUGUUAUGAGACAAUUUCCAGGUUCUUUUUAGCUCACACACACGCACAUUCACACAAACACAAACACACAAUCUAUUCACUUCAUUGCUUACUGACACACUUCAACUCAGAUAUUGUACAAAGUAAGGCUUUUAUGAAUGAAACAGUAUUUUAUAUAUAAUAAAUAUAUAUUUGAAAAAAGAGGAUUAAAAGGUAUAUAAACUUUAUUUGGCUGUGGGGAGACUGUUCACUGUUUUCAACCACAAAAAGGUCAUGCAUUUCACCGAAAAAUAAAGCUAACUACUGAGCACAGACAGAGCCAUUUUCCCUAAAACAUAACAGUCUUGUAUGAUAUUAACGAAGCCAAUCACUUAAACCUUUUGUAUUCAAUUUGUAGAAUUAAUAAAUGUUGAACUGAAAUAAAGGGGAUUUGCUUUUAGGUAGUCUAAUGAUUGGGGAAUGUUACAGAUAUUUGUGCUGAAAAGGAUUUGAAUUAAAUCUUGGCUCCUUGGUUAGAAAACCGCAAUAUUUGUUUUGUGUACAUUUCCAGGUGCUGGGCUUUGCUGUAAAAAAAAUAAUAAAAGAGGUUCUGGCCUGAGGUUCUGGGUUUUGCACUCAAAACCUUUAAAUCCACUUUCGCUGGCUUGAAUUUUUAUGCAAAAUUGGUUCAAGUAUUCACACACGACCCUGUUGAGACGCAGGUGUCUGAGCAUUGAAAUCAGGUGUAACUGUACCUGAUGUGACGCUUCAGGUGCACAAACUCCUGAUGUACUGUAAAGUCUACAAGAGCUGUUUGGGGGGGAGGGGAUAAAUAUUUUCCUGUGAUUUUAUUGUUAUUUUUAUUUUUUCAAAUCUACUUUUAUGAAUUCUAAUUUUGUCAAACUGGGGUGCGAUUAAAAAAAUGUGUAUUAAUUUUUGUUUUGUUUUUUUUCUUUUUUUGUUUUGUUUUCAUGUUAUGUUAUCCAGAAGUUGUUAUAAACUUUUACGACUGAAAUAAAUACUAUGUCCAAAG